UCCAUCAAACGGUCAGAUACUUGGCAAACAUUACUGGACAGGUCAAUCCGUGUCGUUCAUUUGUGAUCCACAAUAUCAAUUGACUGGUUCGGCUACCAGAAUGUGUUUACCUUCUGGCAGUUGGAGUGGAAUACAGCCUUCAUGCAGCAGGGUCUGUCCUCAUCCACCACGCUUGAAACACGGCUUUUCUACUGGGCAGCAGUUUUGGGAAGGGAAACGCGUUUUAUUUAUUUGCAAACCUGGAUAUCGGCUCUCCGGACCAUCAGAGAUUUUUUGCACUGAACAUGGAACCUGGACAGGAACCCAGCCUAGAUGUAAAGGAAAGAAAGGGUCCUUGCCAACGGUACCAGGCCUCUCGUGUAGAGAUAUCCACGAUAAUGGGGAUCUAGACUUUAGCGGCUUUUACUGGAUUCGGCCUGCAGGAUCUCUUGCUAGUUUCCAAGGAUACUGUGACAAGACAGCGAUUAGACAAUGGACCAGGGUAACUUUGCAAUGGGUCAAGCAAACUUACGAAGGAGGAGUGACGCUGUCCUUCACUGAAGAAAAUGGUGGGCUCGUUAUUUCAGGCCAGGUGACGAGAUGGGGGUGUGGUUCAGGUAAAAGUCCCGGGGCUCUGACUCUGAUUAAAGGCUACUGGACUAAGAUAAAGUACACACAAGAAUUCCGUGGAAAAGCUUCCUGUUGGAGUAUAUUUGGAGAUAACAGGUAUGGUAGAACUUCAAUUGAAAACAAAUCAACAGGUGUGCAUUCCUUUGAUCCAUCUCAAGGAGAUUACAUCACAAAUCAAUACUUCAUGGGUGGAAAAUCCCACAUCUUUGAUGGUCAAACAACAAAGUGCAACAAUUUAAACACAAACUUCUGGCGAUACGAUAAUUCUGAUGUACGCUAUGCAACAGUAACUAUCAGAAGAGAACUGAAUGCAGAAAAUGCCGGGAUUUUUACCGGCACAUCCUGUGGCACACCAACAUACAAGAUCAAGGAUAUUUACGUAUACUUUUAAAAACAGUGAACAAUAAUUAAAUAGAGUGCUGCAUGAAAGUAAUUCAGAGCGAUGUUAAUUCUUUUGUUUUGAGUCAGUUAUGUUAAGCAAGGUUUGCAAGAUCAGGUAUAACUACGUAUACUUUUAAAAAUAAUGAACAAUAUAUAAAUGGAGUGCUGCAUGAAAGUAACUCAAAGUCACAGUGAUGUUUAAUUCUUUUGUAUCGAGUCAGUUAUAUUCAGCAAGUUUUGCAAGAUCUGGUAGAAUUAAUUAUCCUUUUAUAAACAGUAAACAAUGAAAUAGA